CGCUGGUGACCAUGUACGGGCGGUGCGGCAGCGUCGCGGACGCGCGGGCGGUGUUUGAGGGCAUCUGCGGGAGGGAUCUCGCGGCGUGGAACGCCAUGGUGGCGGCAUAUUCCCGGAAUGGGCAAAUGGCCCAGGCGGUGCUGGUGCUGCGGCGAAUGGCCGUCGAGGGCGUACGGCCGGGCGAGGGCACUUUCGUCGGGAUGCUGAGCUGGUGCUGUACGGUGGGCGCCCUGGACGAGGCCAGGUCCAUCCACGCGCACAUUCUGGCCACUGGGCUCGAGUCUCGGCCCACAGUUGGGACCACGCUCGUGAGCAUGUACGGCCGUUGCGGCAGCCUUGGCGGUGCCGUAUGUGCUUUCCAGCGGAUUCGAGACAAGGACAUUGUGGCCUGGAAUGCGAUGAUCGCGGCGUAUGCCCAGAGCGGGCAUAGCAGGGACUCGAUCCGGAUAUACCACGUCAUGGACCUGGAGGGCGUUAGGGUUGACAAAGUGACGCUCAUUGGCGUCCUGGAUGCCUGCUCCAGCCUCGCGCUCACCUCGAAAACGCGGUUGGUCCAUGCUCGGAUUGUGGACACUGGCGUGGAGCUGGACGUGGUGCUUGGAACUGCGCUCGUGAAUGCCUAUGCCCGUGGAGGGCAUCUCGUGGAUGCUGAUCUCGUGUUUGCGGAGAUGGAGGAGAGGAACGUCGCGACGUGGUCGGCGAUGGUAGCAGCAUAUGCCCAAACCGGGCAUCCCGACCGGUCCUUGGAAAUGUACCGGGAAAUGCAGCUCCAAGGGCUCCGCCCAAACUAUAUCACCUACGUGAGCAUCCUCUUUGCUUGCAACCACGCCGGGCUCCUCGACCAUGGUCUCGACUACUUCGCGUCCAUGGGCAGAGACUACGGGAUCGAGUCCUGCGAGGAGCACUGCAGCUGCAUUGUGGAUUUGCUGGGCCGGUCCGGGCGGCUAGACGAGGCCGAGGCGCUCAUGGCCAGCGUUCCGUACAGGCUGGGAAUAUCCGCGUGGAUGUGCCUGCUCGGGGCGUGCCGGACUCACGGUGACGUGGAGAGGGGGGCCCGCGUGGCGAGGCGGGCCUUCCAGGUGGAAUCCGGGGAGGUGGCUCCGUACGUGGCCCUGUCCAAUAUGUAUGCCGGCCACGGCAUGUGGGACGAGGUCUCCAGGGUACGGCAGCUCAUGGCCAACACUCUGGACAAGUCCACGGGCAAGAGUUUCGUGGAGAUUGAUGGGCGGCUCCACGAGUUUAUCCAAGGCGAUGAGACACACCCUGAGAAAGAUUCCAUCCAAGCCAAGAUCCUGGAGCUCGAGCUAGAUUCUCCCACGGUUCCUUUGUUCCACUGCCUCCACAGUGAGAAAGUGGCCGUGGCGUUUGCGAUGCUCAAGACGAGCGGCGAGAUCCCCCUGCGCGUGGUGAGCAGCCUGGGAAUAUGCCACGAGUGCCACGCCUUCAUGAAGGGCAUCUCCAAGAGAUGCCGCAGGGAGAUCGUGGUGAGGGACGCCGAGAUGCUCCAUCGGUUCGACGGUGGAUCUUGCUCGUGCGGACGUUAGCGAAAGUGACACGCGGCCGCCUCGCGACGUGGCGAAAAUGUAGGAAUCUUAGCGGCGCCCACCAAUCACGUUGCGGUAUUUUGAAACACUCUCAUUAGCUUUGUCAGGUCGGCAUGCUAGGUAAUGUCAUGAUUGCUGUAUAGGAAGGAUUAGUAUAUACAUGUCCAUGCAUGCAUGCCCGUACGUUUAUACCUUUUAAAAAUAUAGCAAACUACCUUUUAGUGGAAUA